ACAGCGGUGCUUGAAUUGGCAAAGAGGCUAUGAAACAGUAUCUUUAAUUCCUCCAGAAAAUAAGAAUUAAGAUAUAAGAGUAGUGGUAGUAGUAGGUUGAAUAUCUACCUUAGCCUAAUCAUCAAGUUCACCUUUGUUCUAGAAAUAUUCUAGAUUCAUUAUUAUAGUUGUUUGUUUUAUUUUUAUUUCUUUUCAUAUUUCUUAACUUCUAAAAUUCAGAAAACCAACCUUGAUUAUUUCCUUUUCACUACACAUUUCAAGGAACGCUACGCAAUAUGGCUACCAGCAGAACUUCAUAUCACGCGGUCGUCGAACCGGAUGAGUACCGCGAUCCGACUAUCUUGUUAGAACAGACACCAACCCCUGGUUCUCAAGAAGACCUUGGAAAAACCGACGCAAACGAGGCCGAAGAUGUCGAUCCCAAGUUCGCCCGGAGGGUGCUAUGGAAGCUCGACUUGUUUAUCCUGCCGCUCAUGGCCAGUGUCUACUUCUUUGCCACCAUGGGCAAAUCCGAUCUGGGCAAUGCCAAAAUCGCAGGUCUCACAGAAGAACUGACUCUGACCCCGGCCGACUACUCCAAUGCGGCGACCAUGUUUCUCGUCGCCAACGUGAUAUUCCAGCUACCGGGUACGCUGCUGAUCAAGAAACUGACCCCGAACAGACAGUUCGCUGGUGCGAUGAUGUUUUGGGGUAUCUUGACCGUUCUCACCGUGCUAGUGAAGAACUCCGGAGGACUGCUUGGUCUACGCUUCCUCAUCGGUGGAGCUGAAGCCUUCGUCCAGGGUGGUGUCUUCUAUCUCUCCUUCUGGUACCAAUACUCGGAGUACGCGACGCGCGGCGCCAUCGUGUCGUCAAUGUCGACGCUCGCAGGGGCCUUCAACGGGCUGAUCGCGUACGCGAUCACGAUGAAUCUGGACGGGGCCAACGGGUGGCGGGCGUGGAAGUGGAUCUUCCUGAUCGAGGGCAUCGUGCCGAUGGCCUUCUCCUUCGUCGUCCUGUUCUGCCUGCCCAGCAGCCCGAGCACCCUCACCUGGGGCUUCAGCGAGGCCGAGAAGCGCCACAUCAUGCAGCGCAGCGCGCGCGCCCACAACACCGCCGAGCCCAAGAUGGACUACAAGCAGAUCGCGAAGCCCAUGUGCGACCUCCACUUCUGGCUCUUCAUCCUCAUCAGCUGCGGCGGCGCCUUCUGCCAGUCGUCCCUGUCGAACUUUCUGCCCGACAUCAUCCAUGGCUUCGGAUACGACGACGUGCAAGCCCAGCUCUUCACGGCCAUCGUCUACGUGUGCGGCUGCGUCGGCAUCAUCCUCUUCAGCCGAAUCGCCGACAAGACGAACGCCCGAGCCCUGACGCUGGCCGCCUCUACCGUCUUCGGCGUCAUUGGCUACGCCAUCCUGAUCUGGGUCCAGAACCGCAACGUCCGAUUCGCCGCCACCUGCCUCGUUGCCUUCUCCAUCUUCCCCUACAGCGUGCUGCAGUUGACUUGGUCUACGAUGUGCUUCGUUGGCUACACCCGAAGAGGCUCCGUGCUGGCGCUCGUCAACGUGUUCUCGCACAUCUUUGCCAUUUCCGGAACGCAGGCCUACCAAGACCCUCCCUAUUAUGGCCUGGGCAACGGUAUCGCCCUGGUGAUGGUCAUCAUGAUGUUCGUGUGCUCGCUCGUCCUGCGCUGGUACCUGAACUUCCUGAACAACAAGAAGCGCGCGAACCAGUACUCGCAGCAAGCCAUCGAGAUGAGGCAGAAGAGCAUCGAGGAAAUUGGCGACCACCAUCCUGAUUUCUACUACCAGUAUUAAGCCUUGCGGCGUAUACGACUUAGGUAUACAUACAUAUACUUAUUAUACCUACCCACCUCCACUACUACGAUCGGGAAUCGCGUCUGGGAAAAAAAUCGGUUAAAGGCUACAUGGUUAACUCUUGCUGCACUGCAACAACUUUGAAAUGUUUUUAGGGGUGUAUUCCGGGGCUAUUGUAUUUGUUUACACACCAACAACCCCCUAUACCUUUAAGAAACUCUUGUAUCUUUGUAUAAAAAGAAGAAAUUAUGAAAAUAGGAGGCAUGGAUCCCCCUAUUUACAAACGUUUUUAUUUUUUUAUUUACUAGGUAUCAGUCAUGGGAGAGAGAGAAGGGGCGAGAAUAGCAUUUAAUGGGACCGGGUUCACAGGGUGGUUUUUUAGCGGGAUUUUCAUUGGGUUGUCAUUUAAAGCUACACAGGUACGGGAUUGUACAUAGAGAGAUAUAGGCGCACUCGUGCGAGAUAACGCACCAUUCGGAUGCCUAUGCUUAGAUGGGUGG